UAUGCCCAAAUAUUAAAAUACACAUAUACGGAUGUUUUUAAAUAUUUAUAAUAAAAGAAUAAAGAAAUUUCUACGCGUGAAUACAAUUAUUCUAUAUCUUGAAAUUAGAAAAAAUAAUCGUUAAUGUGUAGUUAAAAUCGAGAUGAAUGAAUUUAGAUUUGAAUAUACCACUUGAAAUACGUGCAUGUCGCGUCACGUGUAACCAUGUUUGUUUAUCAAAAUGGUGACAGUUCGAAGUCGUAGGCUAACGUUGUCUUCGUUGUUUUACAAAGUAUGCGUAACAAAGAAUGAUCAUUGUCAAAAACGUGACAAACAUUUUAUACAUAUAAUUUGACCUCAUUUAGUAUGGUAAACGUUUUCAUAAACUAUUUUUCUUAUUUAAUAGUCAAAAAUAUAAUACGGCUGAAGUUCCAUAUUUCUAACCUCAACAUUAAAAACAAUACAAGUUUAUUAUUGGCGGGACGACAACUUGAUUGUACAUUUAAAUAAGAGAUAUAUCUAUAUAUAUAUAUAUAUAUUAAGAAAUAAAAGGAUAGUUUAUUUAUUGUGAUAAUAUAUCAUAUUUUUUAAAUUAUCAAAAAGAAUAAGAGAAGAAAGUAUACAAAUUCUUAAGAAACUUAUAUAAGAGAUUUCAAGAUCAGAAGAAAAUUAAUGAAAGAUUAAUUAUCUUCUAAAAAUAAACGUUUAGAGAUUAAUUGAUAUUAUUCUACAACAUUAUAUUUAUUCUAAAUAAUGGCCCAUUUAUCACACGUUAUGACACUCGCCAACAGUAUUAUCGGCGUAAGUGUUCUCGCCAUGCCAUUUUGUUUUAAACAAUGCGGCAUUAUUUUAGCUGCGUUGAUUCUUUUAUUAUCUAAUUUUCUAUCUCGUUUUGCUUGUCAUCUUCUUAUUAAGUCAUCCGUAAUGUCAAGAAGACGUAAUUUUGAGCUACUUGCUUUCUAUGCGUUUGGCUACAUGGGCAAAUUUUUAGUUGAACUUUUUAUUAUCGGAUUUCUCGUUGGUACUUGCAUUGCAUUUUUUGUCGUUGUUGGUGAUUUGGGACCACAAAUUGUUGGGAAACUCAUAGACAAAAAACCUGAUGAUAUAAGAACUAGUCUACUUUUAAUAACAAGUAUUUUUAUAAUAUUACCGUUGGGUCUAUUGAGAAACAUUGACAGUUUAUCAAGUAUUUGUACCGCUACUGUUGGUUUUUACGCUUGCCUUGUUUUGAAGGUGUUCACCGAGUCAAUACAACACAUUUUUGCGGGUGAUUGGACGAGUAACGUAUACUUUUGGAGAUCCAGCGGUAUUCUUCAAUGUUUGCCAAUAUUUUCUAUGGCUCUUUUUUGCCAAACACAGUUAUUUGAAAUAUAUGAAACCAUUCCGAACGUAUCUCUCGAAAAAAUGAACGAUGUUGUACGAGGCGCAUUAAAUAUCUGUACUUUGGUAUAUUUAUGCGUUGGUUUCUUUGGAUAUAUUGCAUUCUGUACACAACCGUUCACAGGAAAUAUACUGAUGAGCUUUGAACCUAGCAUAUCGUCAGAUAUGAUUAAGAUGGGAUUUUUUUUCUCUGUAGCUUUUAGUUUUCCGCUAGUCAUUUUUCCUUGCCGUGCAAGUCUGAAUUCUCUCUUGUUUCGUCGGGUACACACUCACGAACCGUCUAUGAAUUAUAUGCCAGAAGUAAGAUUCAGAUGUCUCACCAUUGCAAUAGUAUCUUUUUCAGUAAUUACCGGUAUAUUGAUGCCAAAUAUUGAAUUCGUACUUGGUUUAGUUGGAUCUACGAUUGGUGUUAUGAUAUGCUUAAUGUUUCCUGCAGCAUUUUUCAUAUCCAUGAGCAGCAAACAUACAAAUGAAAGAUUAUUAGCACAGGCGAUUUUAUUCGUUGGCGUUUGGAUAAUGGUUCUUGGUACAUAUGCCAAUUUGUAUGCAAUGGAAGAAUCUUCUAAUACCAAAAUUGGAAUAACGACUGAUAGAUCACUUAGUCAAUUAGAUAAUUUACCAUUACAUGUCAAGAAAGAAGAUAUUCGUUUGAUAUCUGUUUCUAAUAAUCCUGAAAUUCUAUCAAACGUUAAAGAAAAAGUAAUAGAUGUAUUACCAAAAAUUGAAAUGAUGGAUGAAAAUAAACAUCUCGGCGAUAUUCGUCAAGAACCUCCAGUUCCGGUCGAACGUGUUGCUGUUGCAGAGAAGUUGAUGCUAGAAGAACGAAAUCCUGCUGAAAAUAUAGGAGCUAGUUUUGCUCCGGAAAUUAAACAAAUUGUUGGAAAGAUCAAAACAAUAAAUGAACACCUCAACAAAGAACAUAAUUCUGUUAUAAAUAAUAGUAAAUUGAUAAUGUAUGAGAACUUUGUAACGUCAAAGGCUAAUGAAAACAUUAAUAUAAUUAAAUCUAAAAUGACUAAUGAAAUUUCAAAAAUUGAUAAUCUCAUAAAUUCUGAUGCAAUAAAAAAAGAAGAUUCUGAACUAGCUGCGGAAGAAGGAAUUUCUGAUACAAUGGCGAUAAAAAAAAAUGAAAAGCAUCGACAAACUUUAGGAGACCAAGCAUUAGAAAAUUUGGAAAUGUUACAAGAACAGGAGAAACUAGAAGAUCUACAGGAAAAGAAGCAGGAAUUAGAAAUAGAAAUAGGGAAAAUAGAAAAGCAUAUAGAAGAGUCUAUAAAGAAUGAUAAGAAUAAUGAUAACGAUGAAACAAAUAUUAUACAAAAAUUCAAUUCGGAAAAAGUUGAAAAUAUUGAUAAACGAAACAAAAUUAGUAAAAAUUUCGAUAAAAACAAAAUGUUAAAGAAAUAUACAAUUGGAACGAACAUCAAUGAAAAUGUUUUAGAAACACCUAAUAUUAAAAACGUUAAUAAAAGUAUUGUACAGGAUAAAAAUGAUUCUGAACAGUUAAUCGAUACAAAGAAUAACAAAAAUAUUCAAAAUGUAGAAAAAAUAAAGUUGAAAGAAAACAACAAGGAUACGGAUCAACUGCAUUCGACAUCACAUUAUCAAGAAAAGUUUAAUGUAACGUUUGAUAAUAUUAUUAAUAAGUCAAAAGGAAGUAUUUUAAGUGCUUUAACUAAAGGAAUUUUAAUAAAAACUAUAUCAAAGAACAAAAGAGAUAUAGAAAUAUCACAGGGUAAAAAAGAAAGUAUCGUCAAUGAAAUGAAUAAGUCUGAUGAAAUAUUAACGCAAAAUCAGAAUAUUGUACCUCUUAUAUUACAGAUUAAAAGUCAAACUAACAUUAACAAAUCUGAGCAAUUAAUAGAAAAAAGUGAUAAUGACAUUCAAGUAAUGCGAAGAGAUAUUUUAGAAAAUCAUGAUAGAGAGAAGCGAGAAGUCACCAACAUUAAAAACAUUUCUCCUGAUGCUUCGACUGAAAAAAUACAAUCUUUCGUGAAAGAUAUUUCUAUGAAUAUCGAUCGUAUAAAAUGUAAUAAAAAGUUAGACGAUUCACGGCUAGAAAUAGUUAAUAUAUCCGAAAAAAAAUUUAAGCAGAAACUACUGGAAGAGACAACCAUUCGAUCUACUCCAACAUUAAUUAAAACCACCACUUAUUUAUCUUCGAACAAAAAAGAAUUUACAAAAAAUCCAAUUUUAAUAAUAAAUUCAGAUAUAACCAUUAGGAAUGAAUAUAUUAAAUUAAAGCAAAGAGAUUUGAAAACCUUAAAUACGGAUUAUCAGAACAGAAACUCAUGACCGUCAGAAUGCGUAAUGCAUUAUUUUUAAUUGUCAAUGUUUAAAAGGAUUUAUUUGUAAAUUACUAAAAUAUGUUACUUUGCUUUUCCUAAAUGUUAAGCUAAAAAAUGAUUUAAAAUAUUGUGAAAGAGAUAUUGAAUAUAAUGAAAAUAACUAGGGAUCGCUAUGAACAUACAUGUUGUAAUUUAAAUAACACUGUCAAUGUGUGAUGUGUCAAGUUUAAAUUAUUAUUAAUUAUAUAAAUUGAUAAACAGUUUUGUAAAUCUACUGUAAAUAAGUUAAAAAAAAGAAAAAAAUUUAACUUUUGUUUAUUAAUGCAAACAAGAGUUAGGAUAAUCAUUUAUUUUUUAAAUUUCCUUUUUAAAAUUUUAACUAUUCCAUAAAAUAAUGAAGUUCAUAAAAUCAUUUAUAUAUUUGUAGGACUUGAGAGAUUGUUUUAUACAUGGCGUACUAUAUCAUAAAUUCAAUUAGAAACCGUAAAAUUUAGUUUAAAAAUUAUGUUUUUAUAUUACAGAAUAUAUUAUAAUGUGUAUAAAAAACAGUACAAUUAAGUGCUUGAAAAUAGUCAAAUAUAAAUCUAUUUUUACAUAACAUAACAAUAUUG